AUGUCGUUUCGUCAAGAUCCAUUUCAUUCUCUCCAACGAAGACGUUUCUCACCACUUCAAUCUUUUAGCCUUCCAAUCAAUCCGUAUUUGUCUCCCACCGAAGAAGCACGCCUGCUGAAUACCAUCUCCACAGUCGAUUUCUACUGUCAAAAUGUAGCGAAGCUCGAUGCAGCGGUUCAUGCCCUAGUAUACGAUUCAAAGACUGUUCGGGACAUGGGAAGAAUCCUAGGCACGUCGAUUGUGGUGUUGAACGAGCAGCUUGGGUGGUUUGCUUUGAACUGCUUUCGUUUGCUUCGAUAUCUACAGUACCGACCAUCCGAAAUCUUCUCAUACAUCGUCGACGAAUUCCAGUCUUUUAAUCCUCGAGGAUCCCACAGCAUUGUGCGACAACAAGUCACGCAGACUCAUGGCGUCCUGGCACAGCUUGCCAAAGGGCAUCCGCUGUCAGAUAUCAUCUACUCAGGAGUAUUGGGACCCGAUAUCACAUUUUCUGCAGUAAAUCUCAGAAUGGCGUUGUAUUGUACGCGUGUGGUUGAAUGCAUUCAGGAACGGGGCGUCGCAAGGGCAACAUUCUACCACGUCAUGGCGAACGCGAAGAUGGGUAUAGCGUUCAGGCAAAGUUUCCUCCAACUUGGAUUAUCUGAGCCGUUCUAUUUGACCGAGCGUUCCAUCGAGAAUAUGAAGCACAAUGCAUUUGUCCCUUAUGGUCGGUGGACUCCUGGAUUUAGCUGUGGCUCUAGCACCUGCUCUCCUGGCUUUCAUUUAAACGAUGUUUCUAUCGAUAACAGCGAGUAUAGCUCUAAACACACUUCAAAUGGAAUUUUAGAGCGCAGUCAGUCCGAGAGUAAGGAACAGUAUCUUUGCCAAUACCAGGAUCAAGUUCUGGCCAUUCCGGCGAUCAAGGUUCAGCGCAAAGGCGCCAUGGUCGAUGCCUUUGAUGACCCAACAAGAGAUUCAUACGAAUGGAAAUUCCUCUAUGAAGCACAACAGUCCUUUUACGACCAGGCUAGGGUUUUGCAAGAAAAUGGUUUGCUUAGACUUUGA